CAUGGGUAAAAAAUGUUAUUCUAUUUCAGGAUUGCACCAUGCGGCUCUCUAUGCGUUAAAACAUUAAAAAUCCAAUGAAAGAAGUCAAUUUUACAAGAUAAAAUUGGUUUUAAAAACAUGAUGCAUGGAAUAAUUAUUUAUUCAUGUUUCCUUCAUUUCCUGCUUCAAAUCACUCAAAGCAUAGCACUGCGAUGUCAAGAUGACAAAAGCAUGGACUGUGCAAGGCUUGAUAAAAUGUUUGAUAUAUGUGAAGACGUACAUGAUGCCAAACUAAUAUGUCCUAAAUUCUGUAAUUUAUGCCUGCUAGUUGAUGGUAACUGGGCGGAUUGGUCGGGGUGGUCAGAGUGUGAUGUCACAUGUGGUAAUGGUAAGCAUACUAGAUUUAGGACAUGCACAAAUCCAGCACCGGCCUACCAAGGUUUGGAAUGUGAAGGAGAAAAGACCGACGUGAAAACCUGUCAACGACAAUCUUGUCCAGUUCAUGGUGGCUGGUCAGUUUGGUCUAAGUGGAAUGCAUGUCCGGUUACUUGUGGGUUAGGCAUGCAGAAGCGUUACAGGAACUGUUCAGAUCCGUACCCUUUACGGAAUGGAAAUCAUUGUUUUGGAGACGCUGACGAAUAUAGAAUUUGUUUCCAACAAUUUUGUGAAGAUGGGGUAUGGACAAAGUGGGGUAAAUGGGGAGCAUGUAGUGCAUCUUGUGGCAGUGGUGUCCGUCAGAGAUCAAGAUCAUGCACAAAUAGUAUUGGAACCAAAUGUAAGGGAGAGUCUUUUGAAGUUCAGCCUUGCAACGAACUGGAUUGCCCUUGUGAGUCACAUCCAACUCUACAAAACGGUGCCUUAAAACGGUUAUCGGAAUCACAAUUCAACAUUACUUAUAGCAUUGAAUGCAACAAAGGCUAUGAAUCCUUAGGUUUGCAAUAUGUAACAUGCGACAAGGACUCGGGAUGGAAAAAAAUUCCAACAUGCAAUAAGGUAUCAUGUGGAAAUCCAGUCGCACCGUCGAACGGAAAGCUUGCUUUUACAACUGGAGUAACUUUCCAAGCGAUCGCAAUGUUUGAGUGUUAUAGCAGUUUUACAGCUUUUGGUAAUCCAGUCUCAACAUGUUUAAGUGAUGGAACAUGGUCAAGUUCUAUAAGAUGCUUGAUACCAUUUUGUAGAUCACUUCCAACUCUACAAAACGGUGUCUUGAAACGGUUAUCGGAAUCACCAUUCAACAUUACUUAUAACAUUGAAUGCAACAAGGGCUAUGAAUCCUCAGGUCUAAAACUUGUAACAUGCAACAAAAAUUCGGGUUGGACUGAAAUUCCAUCAUGCAACAAAGUUUCUUGUGGAAAUCCGGUUGCACCUUCAAACGGAAAACUUGCUUUCAUUAGUGGGGUCACCUUCCAAGCAUUCGCAAUCUUUGAGUGUUGUGAUACAUGCAGAACCUCUGGAAAUUAUGUCUCAACAUGUUUAGAUGAUGGAACAUGGUCAAGCUCCUUGAAAUGUAUAGCACCUGUAUCAAAGUGUACGAAGAAACCGACCUACAAUGAAACCUUCAAAAACGUUGCGUUCGGCAAAAAAGUUACACUAUCGUCAACGUACUCUUCUACAUACAACGCCCCAAAAAUGGUAGAUGGUAACUUUGACAGAAAUAAUAUCGCAAUAACACAGUAUCAGAAAGAUCCAUUUGCAGUGGUUGAUCUAGAACAUUCAUAUACAAUACACUCUAUCUAUAUAUACAACCGUAAAGACUACGGUAGGUUUACUUUUAUUUUAUUUUAUAACCUACAGUUUUAGAUUUAGUUUUUAAUAAUUUA